GUUUAGUAGUGUGACACUAUCAACCAUUGCCUCUUCUUCUCUCUGUUCCCUUCAUCAAAAGAAACCAAUGCAGCUCCCCAUCCUCCUCCUCCUCCUCAUCGCCACCGUCCACGGCGUCGCCGCCACCACCAUCAUGAUGGUCAACAAGUGCAAUCACCCAGUCUGGCCGGGUAUCCAGCCCGGCGCGGGCCACCCAGUCCUCGCUCGCGGUGGUUUCAAACUCCCACCAAAAAAAUCCUACACUCUUUUUCUCCCACCUGCCUGGUCCGGCCGUUUAUGGGGGCGUGAAGGCUGCGCGUUUGACUCCUCCGGCCGGGGAAAAUGCGCCACCGGCGACUGCGGCGGCACCCUCUUUUGCAACGGCGCCGGCGGUGCACCUCCGGCAACUCUAGCGGAAAUCACCCUGACCGCCGAACAAGACUUCUACGACGUGAGUUUAGUCGACGGGUAUAACCUACCCAUCGCUAUAACGCCGUUUAAGGGUACCGGAAAAUGUAGUUACGCCGGAUGUGUUAGCGAUCUGAAUGUUAUGUGUCCGGUGGGUUUGCAAGUGAGGUCACGUGACAAGAGGCGCGUGGUGGCGUGUAAGAGCGCGUGUUCAGCGUUUAACUCUCCGAGGUUUUGUUGUACUGGGAGUUAUGGGAACCCUCAGACAUGUAAACCUACGGCGUAUUCGAAGAUUUUUAAGGUGGCUUGUCCAAGGGCGUAUUCGUAUGCGUACGAUGAUCCGACGAGUAUUGCUACUUGCACUGGAGCUAGCUAUUUGCUUACUUUCUGUCCGCAUCAUUAGUUUGUACGGUACAAGUAUCAAUGCAUUGUUUUGUUUUGUUUAGUGUGGGACUUGAACUAAUUUAUUAUUAUUAUUGUUUAGACUAGUUGGAUGUUUGUGUUUUUGAGUUAUGCUUAUGGAUUUUCUAGAUUCGUUAUUUUAAUAUGUUUCUGAUA